AUGCCGGUCAUAACCAUCAACGGCGUCAUCGGCAGCGGAACACUGGAGAUCGGACACCUGGUCGCCCAGAACAUGGGCCUCAACUACGUUGACCGGUACAUCUUCUCUGAGGCCGCCCGCCUGGUCGGUUCUCCCAUUAGCCGCCUCAUCGAGAAAGAGCAGCGUGUGGUCCCCUUCCGCGAAAAAGUCGCGCGCUUCAUGCAAACGGUCCUUGAACGUUCCGCGGUCGCCGGCGCCGGCGCCGAGCCGUAUUUCGGACGUGGCAUAGAAAUGCUCCCCGCUGAGGCCUACACCGAGCUGGUGUCUGACGCCGCUUCGUCGUCCAAUGUCCACGACCGGGCUUUCAUCGAAGCGACCACCUCCGUCAUCAAGGAACUGUCCGGAGGCGGCGACGUCGUCAUCAUCGGCCGUGGCAGCAAUAUGAUCCUGGCUGACACACCUGGAGUCAUCCACGUCGGCCUUCUCGCCCCUAUGGAUGUGCGCAUCGAUACCAUGGCCAAGCGCGAGAUGUUCUCCGCCGACGAGGCGCGGGCCUACGCCGAGGAUCUCGAGAAUGCUCGGGUGACCUUCUACCGCAAGUUCUUUCGGACGGAAGCGAACGACCCCACCAAGUUCCACCUGAUGCUCAAUAUCGGACGCAUUUCCCAGAGCACCGCUGCGGAAAUCAUCGCCCACGCCUCGGAAGACCUUACCGCAGCAGUUCCCGCCUAG